AUGCUAUUACGUAUUCCACACGUACAAGAUUUGCAUGUCACCAACCCUGUCGAUGAUAAAGAACGUAUCGAGGAUACCAAGGGCGGUCUACUCAAAGACUCAUAUCGCUGGAUUCUAGACAACAAAGAAUUCAAACAAUGGCAAGACAGCGAGAGAAAUCGCCUUCUCUGGAUUAGGGGGGAUCCUGGUAAAGGCAAGACGAUGCUCCUAUGUGGUGUCAUCGAUGAGUUGACGCGAUUGUAUGGGGAUAAUGCGAGUAUCUCGUUCUUUUUCUGUCAGGCUACCGACAUGCGGAUCAACAGCGCUACGUCUGUCCUGAGGGGGUUGAUAUAUUUACUUGUCAAGAAUCAUCCAUCUCUUCUCCACCAUGUGCGAUCUCGGUACGACUAUGCAGGAAAGACCCUCUUUGAGGAUGUCAAUGCAUGGAACGCACUGUCAACAAUCUUCAGGGACAUUCUAAACAACCCGACACUGCAGAUGACUUAUUUGGUUAUUGAUGGUUUAGAUGAGUGCACCGAUGGGCUCUGUUUCCUUCUAGACUUAAUUGUCCAGGAAUCAUCAGUCAAUCCACAGAUAAAGUGGGUUGUUUCUAGCCGCAACUGGCUUGAAAUCACUGAGCGGCUUGACAUUGCUACCCAGCUAGCUCCGAUCUCAUUGGAGCUGAACGAGGCGUCUGUAUCUGAAGCAGUGAAUCAAUUUAUUCAACAUAAAGUUUACGAAUUGGCAAAAGCGAGAAGAUAUAGCGAUAAAACUCGCGAUAGCGUUCAUUCCUACCUAUCAUCAAACUCGCAAGAUACCUUCCUCUGGGUGGCCUUGGUGUGCCAGAAUCUUGAAAAGAUACGAACCAAUGUGAUCAAGAAGCUAAAAUCAUUUCCUCCUGGGUUGGAGGCUCUAUAUGGUCGAAUGAUUGGCCAGGUUCGCGAAUCUGAAGAUGCCGAGCUCUGCAAGGAGAUACUGGCAAUCAUGUCAACAAUUUUUCGGCCUAUUACGCUACACGAACUGACUUCAUUGAUUGAGCUACCGGACGACGACUACGAUGACGUUGUUUCUCUUGAAGAGAUAAUCGCAAUCUGUGGAUCUUUUUUAACAGUUCGGGGACACACUAUUGUGUUUGUUCAUCAGUCUGCAAAGGAAUUUUUACUCAAGGAAGCACUCAGUGAGAUCCUUCCUAGAGGUAUAGAGGCUGAACACGACAUGAUAUUUAGACGAUCUCUCGACUUUAUUUUCAAGACACUUCAACGUGAUAUCUGGAACAUCAAAUUACCUGGACUCCAUAUGAAGGAUAUCUGCAAACCUAGCCCAAACCCACUAGCAGUGGUGGAAUACUCAUGUGUUUACUGGAUGGACCAUCUUGAAGCUAGCCUGCUUAAUGGAGCUUGUGAGCUGGGAGUUUAUAACAGAGGUCGCGUAGAUACUUUUCUGCAGCAUAAAUUCCUCCACUGGCUCGAAGCUCUUCGUAUUUUGGGAAGUGUUUUGGAUGGUAUCCAAGUGAUGCAAAAGCUCGAGAUUUUGAUUGAGAAGAGAAAAGAGUCAGUAAUGCUAUUGAAUCGAGCUCGAGACGCCUCUAGGUUUAUUCGAUAUCACAAGACAGCUAUUGAGAGCAGUCCUUUGCAGGUUUACUGUUCACCUCUUAUCUUCAGCCCACUAAAAAGUCUCGCAAGGAUAUCUUUUCAGGAUGAGAGAGCAGACUGGGUCUUGAAUCAUCCUGUGGUAGAGGAAAACUGGAGUCCCUGUCUUCAAACUCUUGAGGGCCACAAAGAUGCGGUCUGGUCGAUUUCCUGGUCGCCAGAUGGACGGCGACUCGCAUCAGCGUCUUUUGAUAAGACAGUCAGGAUCUGGGAUCCCGCUACCGGCCAGAGUAUAUCAACUCUCGAUGGGCAUAGCGAGGGCGUCACGUCGAUUGCCUGGAUCUGGGAUCCAGCUACCGGCCAGAGCAUAUCAACCCUGGAGGGGCAUAGCGAGGGCGUCACGUCGAUUGCCUGGUCGCCAGAUGGAAGCCGACUCGCAUCAGCGUCAAUUGAUAGGACAGUCAGGAUCUGGGAUACGGCUACCGGCCAGAGUGUAUCAGCUCUCGACGGGCAUAGCGAGGGCGUCACGUCGAUUGCCUGGUCGCCAGAUGGAAGCCGACUCGCUUCAGCGUCUGGUGAUAAGAUAGUCAGGAUCUGGGAUCCGGCUACCGGCCAGAGCAUAUCAACUCUCGAUGGGCAUAGUAGCUCGGUCACAUCGAUUGCCUGGUCACCAGAUGGAAGCGGACUUGCAUCAGCGUCUUAUGAUAAGACAGUCAGGAUCUGGGAUCCGACUGCUGGCCAGAGCGUGUCAAAUCUUCCUAUCAGCUUCGUCGACUCUCUUCAAUUCGACAACGAUGAUAUCAAUCUUCUGCACACAAAAAACAGAACAUAUGACAUAGGUUCGAAAGGCCCGAUGACGCCUGUGUCUGACGACUUCAUCUCGCCGCUUAAGCAGUAUGUAUACGGAUUAAGCCAGGAACGUUCCUGGAUAACCUGUAAUGGACUGAAGCUGUUGUGGCUACCUUCAGAAUAUCGCCCAAGUUCUUCCAACAACGUCGCGAGAUAUGCAAACAGAUUGGCGAUUGGCUGCUCAUCAGGUCGUGUCAUAUUCCUUGUACUCUCAGAGCGAAACCCAAUUUCUAGCCUUUGA